AUGAUGCAGAGCCAUACACUUUUCCCAAGGGAGGGCAAAGACUUCCUCCUUUUCAUCCUCAUCUUCGUCUCUCUGACAACGCUUGUAGUAUCUUCCCUUUGCAUCUACGUCGGCAUUUUUGUGCAUUUAAAUACUCGUAUUGAAGACCUCGAACAACCAACUUACAAUUACAUUCACGAACAACCAGUCAAAUAUGUCAUUCCUUGGAGCGCAUUGACACCACCAAAGAAUGAAGGAGAACGUGAGAUGUGCUGGGCGUUUGGUAUCACUGGGUUUUUAGAAGCGGCGUACAACUCCGAAGCAAAACAGUACCAUGGCCACUCCCCGAGUUCUUACGUCUCAUUCAGCGAACAAAUCUUUGGUAUUGAAAUCACUGAGUUGUGUAACACGUCCAACCCAAGUAAGUUCUGUACAAACGGACAACGAACACAUAGCACAUCUAAUGGCUUACCGGAGUGGUUGUAUUACUUCAGAGAUAACAAUCAGAACUGGGCAAUUCCAUCGAACGCGUGUCCAUACAACACAAACGAGAAUGAAUGGAAUUUAUGUAAGACAGAAACGUCGGAUCAGACUGCGAACAUCCCUACGUUGUUAAAGACCAAUCCCAUCAAAUUUAUUGUGAACAACAUCACGACGGCAUAUUCUAUCCAAGACAUCAAAACACUUUUGGUCAACACAAAACUACCUGUGACGUGGACGCAUGGGGUAUUCAAUAAAGUGUACCGUACAAAGUGCUCUCGACUUGAUAAUCAAGGUGUUAAUAACGACGACUGUGUCUCAAAACGAUUUCCUUGUGGUGAUAACGAGUACUGUUACGAGAUAGAAGUCUCUUCAUUUGAUAAUAAUGGGGUCUUUGAUAUCACUGGCAAAUCGUAUGUCUCUUCAGUCCGUUCGAUGUUGAUAGUUGGAUAUAAUGACGACUUCAGAAUCAAUAGAAAUGCACAACAUAGAAAGAUCAAUGAAUUUUCUAGAGGAGGGUUUGUGGUGAAGAACAGUUGGGGCAAUCAAGGGCAUAGUGCGGGGUACUUCAUGUCAAAUCACUCGACUGUCCAAGAAGAUUCUCUCUGCCCCAAUUUUGGAACAUAUCAAAAUUGGAUUCCAAUUGAUUUUGAGUGUUUCAAGACUUCAAUGGAUGCAUCAGCUUGUGCUAAUGGGUUUUAUCGUAUUGUUCGAUUAGUCAGAUACAAUUCAGGCACUGUUUUGAAGUGUUCUGAACUCGCGAAGAAGCAAGAGUAUGCUGCUGCGUUUGGGUUUGAUUAUUGUGCGAAAGAAGAGAAUCAAGGCAAAGAGUUGCGCUUUGCUUUACAAUCCGAAAAGAACGUUCAAGUGAUCUACACCUCUGCCCCAAUGGUCAAGUUGAGGUACACCAAUGAAGAAGAAGGCCAAGCAAAGUUCUAUUUAAUCAUGUGGGAAGAUGGGAAAGAUGGUGCCGAAGAGAUUAUAACCAACCCGACGACUCCACAAGAGCUUGAGAAGUUGUUUGAUCCCGUUGUUAGUGUUGAAAAUUCCGCAUAUUGUGGAUAUUAUUAUGUACCAUAUGAUGUAUUCAAAUUUGGUAACACUCGAUUUUUGAAUUAUGGUGAUGAUACAAUCGCCUUCAGUUCAUUCAAUAUCACAUUUGACAAAACUUCGUUCUUAGAUGAGAAGAACAGUGGAUACGACUACUCGGCACUUGAGAAAGAAGUUCAACUGAACAAAUUUGUCCCACUGGACUUCAAAGGGCCGUACAUCAUGGACGUGCCACAAUAA